AUACAUAUAUCCAUGGCACUAAGAACUUUUAUCACACUUGUAUUGGUGCCUUUUUUCCUAUGUUCCACCAUCUAUGGCUACUUGCCCAAGGAAGUAGCCUCAUGGUGCAGCAAAACACCUUAUCCACAACCAUGUGAAUAUUUCUUGACCCACGACCCAAGCCAUACGGCCAUAGUAACCGAUCCCGACUUCCUUAAAAUCUCCAUGCGGCUCGCACUUCAGCGCGCCUUGCGAGCCCAUAACCACACCUUCUCCCUCGGCUCAAAGUGCCGAAAUGAGCGUGAGAAGGCUGCAUGGGCUGAUUGCCUUAAGCUCUAUGACUACACCAUCCUCAAGCUCACCAAAACACUCGACCCUACCACCAAGUGCACUGAAGUUGAUAUCCAAACAUGGCUCAGCACAGCUCUAACCAAUCUCGAUACCUGCCGAGCUGGGUUUAUGGAGCUCGGUGUACCUGAUUAUCUUUUACCCUUAAUGUCAAACAACGUGUCCAUGUUGAUUAGCAACGCUUUGGCCAUUAACAAGGCACCCUAUGCUCCUCCGCCACCCAAAGAUGGGUUCCCAACAUGGGUGAAGCCCGGUGACAGGAAGCUGCUGCAGUCUUCGUCUGCUGCAUCUCAGGCAAACAUUGUGGUGGCGAAAGAUGGCUCGGGGGACGUGACGACAAUAAAGGAGGCGGUUACAAUUGCGUCGAAGCGAUCGGGAAGCAGUAGAUAUGUGAUAUAUGUGAAACAAGGGACUUACAAGGAAAAUGUUGAGUUUGGAAGCAAGUUGAAGAAUAUUAUGUUGGUGGGUGAUGGUAUUGGCAAGACUAUUAUCACAGGGAGCAAGAGUGUUGGCGGCGGAAGUACAACCUUCAAUUCAGCCACCGUGGCUGUUGUUGGAGAUGGCUUCAUCGCUCGUGACAUAACAUUUCAAAACACUGCCGGUCCAGAAAACGGCCAAGCAGUGGCGCUGCGCUCCGGCUCCGACUUCUCCGUCUUCUACAGGUGCAGCUUCGAAGGCUACCAAGACACCCUCUAUGUCCACUCCGAUCGCCAAUUCUAUAGAGAUUGCGACAUAUAUGGCACUGUCGAUUUCAUCUUCGGCAAUGCCGCCGUCGUUCUCCAAAACUGCAACAUCUUCCCCCGCAAACCACGCAACAAGACCAACACCAUCACCGCCCAGGGCCGAUCCGAUCCGAACCAGAACACCGGCAUCAUCAUCCACAACUGCAGGGUCACCGCUGCUUCCGACUUGAAACCCGUUCUGAGCUCUGUCAAGACAUAUCUGGGCCGUCCAUGGAAAGAGUAUUCAAGAACUGUUUUCAUGAAAACUUUUCUUGAUGAUUUGAUACAACCGGCAGGCUGGCUUGAAUGGAGCGGUGACUUUGCACUUAAGACAUUGUUUUAUGGAGAGUAUAUGAACACGGGUCCUGGAUCUUCAACCUCGAACCGGGUCAAGUGGCCGGGUUACCGUGUCAUUACUUCUUCAUCUGAGGCUUCCAAGUUCACUGUUGGUAAUUUCAUCGCCGGUAACUCUUGGUUGCCGGCCACCAAUGUUCCCUUCACCUCUGGCCUCUAA